AUGUCUGAUAAUAUCAUAAUGCAUGAUACCGAUGAAUGGAUUAAAGAAGCCAUUAAUAAAGAACAUAUAAAAUAUUAUGAAUAUAGUGAAUUUAGUGACUUUAAAGAAAUUGGUAGCGGAGGUUUCGGAAAGGUUUACAGGGCAAAUUGGAAAAAUUUGAAAUGUUUUGCAUUAAAAUCUUUUUUUAAUCUUAACAAAGUCACCUUAAAAGAAAUUGUUUGUGAGUUAAAAAUUCAGCGUGAAGUAGAUUAUCAUGAUAAUAUUAUCCGUUGCCAUGGAAUAACAAAAUUUGAAUCAGCAGAAUAUCAUGGUAAUAAUAAUUAUAUUUUAGUAAUGGAAUAUGCCGAUGGCGGUAGUCUGCGAAAUUAUCUGAAGGAAAACUUUAUUAACCUUACUUGGGACGACAAAUCUAUUAUGGCAUACCAGUUAUCUUGUGCUAUAUCAUGUUUACAUAAUGAAGGAAUUGUCCAUCGUGACUUGCAUUCCGGUAAUAUAUUAGUUCAUCAUAAAACGAUCAAAUUGGCAGAUUUUGGAUUAUCAAAAAGAAUCGGGAUGUCAUCAAAUUUGCAAUCCCAAUUAUUUGGAGUGAUUCCUUAUGUUGAUCCAAAAAUUUUCAACAGACGAAGAAGUAGUUCUGACCAAGCAACACAAAUUUACUCAUUAAAUGAAAAAAGUGAUAUUUACAGUAUUGGCGUAUUAUUAUGGGAAAUAUCUAAUGGACAACCUCCUUUUUAUGUUGAAGAUGAACAAUAUGAUGUUGGUUUAGCUUUAGAAAUUUUACAAGGUCUCAGAGAAACUGUUGUUCCUGGAACACCUGAAAAUUAUGCAAAAAUUUAUACUGAAUGCUGGGAUGGAGAACCUGAUAAUCGCCCAACCAUAAAUCAAGUAGUUACUUGGCUAAAUGCACUAAUUAUCAAAACAGACGUAAUAAUCGAAAAUCAUCAGGUGAAAAACAAACAAGAACUUAAUGAAGCGAUUUCUUUAAGUGCUAAUAACUCAGAACCACGAGGUGAAUUAUCUCAACUUAUGCAAAAUUUUGAAAAAAUGAAAAUAGAUACAAAAAAAAUUGAUUCUUUUGAGAUCUCAGAAAAUCUUUCAACCGAAAAAGAUUUUAAUAUGAUAGUUGGAGAAAUAAACGAUUAUAUUUAUAAAUUAAAAAAUAAGGGAAAUUAUAAUAUUUCAGAAUUAGAAAAGCAUUUUAAUAAUUAUAAUGCAAGUUUACAAGAAAUUUACAAUUGGUUAUUGAAUAAUCAAAUUAGUUCAAAUUCUAUUUAUUUACUUGGAUAUUUUAACUAUUAUGGAUUUGUAACAAAUCAAAAUAAUAAGAAAGCAUUUAAUUUGUUUAUUAAUGCAUCAAAAAAAAAUCAUGUAUUAGCACAACUUUUCGUUGGUGAUUGUUAUUUUUAUGGAUAUGGAACUUUGAAAAAUGAAAAUUUGUCUUUUGAAUAUUAUAAAAAAGUAGCUAAUGAAAAUGAUGCAGUAGGACAAUUAGAAAUUGGUUAUAGUUUUGAAAAAGGAAUAGGAAUUAGAAAAGAUUUAAAAAAAGCAUUUUAUUGGUAUGAAAAAGCUGCAAAUAAUGGGAAUAUAAUAGCAAUGCAUAAUCUUGGUAAUUGUUAUAAAAAUGGAAUUGGUGUUAUAAAAGAUUGUAAUAAAGCUUUUGAAUUAUAUAAGCAAUCAGCUGAAGGAAAAUAUUCAAAGGGAAUAGCUUCAUUAGGAUAUUGUUAUGAUAAAGGUAUUGGAAAUAAAAUUGAUAAACAAAAAGCAUUUAAAUUAUAUCAAAUUGCAGCAAACUUAGGAGAUGAAAUGGCACAAUAUAAUAUUGCUUUAAUGUAUCAAUAUGGAAAAGGAGUUACAAAAGAUAUAAAUAAAGCAAUUUAUUGGUAUGAAAAAUCAGCUAAACAAAGAAACAAAAAUGCACAAAAUAAGUUAGAAAAACUUCAAAAAAGAAAAUAACUUUACUAAAUUUCAAAACUUUUAUUAUUUAUAAAAUUACAAGACUGUACUAAAUAUAACAAUAUUGUAAAUAAAAAUGUUUAUUAAAUUAUUGCCAUCUCUAAUUACUGUGAUCCAGUAUUAUU